AUGUUUGUUCCAGCUGCUGUUUCCCCUUUGCGCCGUUCCACAGCCAGCUUUGGUCGCAUCACUCGAUGCCAAACUUUUCGUCGUCAUGCUUUGCGCACUCAAGUGCGAUGUCUGGCUGCGGUCGCUAACAGCCUCGGAUCAAGGCAGAAGAACACCCUUGCUUUAUCUUCUGAAGCCCGAUACAACGAGAUAGGCGUCCAGCAGCUCAGCUCCCACGUAUUCGACCAAAUCUUCCCCGACGGCGCAACCCCCCCGCCACAAGUUCUCGUUGACCUAUGUAAAGAUCAUUUACAGCGCCAUGAUCUGCUUGGGAAGAACACCGACAAAUCCGAGCCAAUAGCUUUCGACAUGCCUCCGCUUCAAGGGCGUACGCUUGACGAGCACUUUCACAAGCUCGGUGUAGACGCAUCUGAGCCGUUCCUUACAUAUGCGAAGCAAUUUGCCCGCGCCAAUCCACCACCAAAACCACGGCAAUGGGUACGCCAGAGUGGUUGGACAAAGUAUUAUCCCGAUGGGCAGACCGAAAAAGUUGAAGUUCCUGAAGAAGAGAUGCUGUCGUUCGACACCGAGGUCAUGUGGAAAGUAAGCCCUUUCGCUGUGAUGGCCUGUGCCUCGAGUCCGACUGCUUGGUAUGCGUGGUUGUCACCGUGGUUAUUAGGAGAGACCGAAAAUGAUCGACACUUGAUUCCUUUUGGCGAUCCUAGCAAAGAUCGAAUUAUCGUAGGGCACAAUGUGGGCUUUGACCGAGCGCGGAUCUUGGAAGAGUACAGCGAAAAACAAACCCGGAAUACCUUUCUCGACACAAUGUCGCUACAUGUAGCUGUGAACGGCAUGUGCUCUCAGCAACGACCUACCUGGAUGAAGCACAAAAAGAAUCGCGAGUUGCGGGAGCGAGUUGCGAACGAGACCCCGAACCACGACCUGGCGACAAUGCUGAGCACACAAGGAAUGCACGAUGAAGAAGAUCUCUGGGUCGAACGAAGCUCUGUCAACUCUCUGCGGGAUGUGGCUAAAUUUCACCUGAAUGUUUCUAUCGACAAAGCAAUUCGAGAUGAUUUUGGUGAGCUGGAUCGUGAAGGAAUUCGGGCAAAGUUGGAUGAGCUUCUGGAUUAUUGCGCCGCCGAUGUCUCGAUCACCCACCGUAUCUACCAGAUUGUCUUCCCCAACUUCCUCUCGACUUGUCCCCAUCCUGUCAGCUUUGCAGCCCUUCGGCAUCUCUCCUCUGUCAUUCUUCCAGUCGAUGAUUCGUGGGACGCAUAUAUCAAGAAUGCCGAGGCUACCUACCACAAACUCUCCGAUGCUGUUCAGGAACGCCUUAUCGGUUUGACUGAAACAGCUUUGAAGAUCAAGGACAAGCCCGAAGAAUACGAAAAGGACCCUUGGAUGCAACAACUUGACUGGUCAGGGCAAGAAAUCAAGAUGGUCAAAGGGAAGACCAAAAACGACCCCCCAAGACUAGCAGCUAGGCAGAAAAAGCCGGGUAUGCCCAAAUGGUACAAGGACCUCUUCCCAACGAACGACUCUCCCAUCAAUAUUACUGUUCGAACUCGAGUUGCCCCUUUAUUGUUGAAGAUGGCCUGGGAUGGAAAUCCACUAUUUUGGUCUGAUAAAUACGGUUGGACGUUCCGCGUACCUCGAGCAGAAGCCGCGAAGUACACAGCCAAGCAAGCAGUAGAGUGCAAAUUUGAUGAGUCUGAAAGCAAGCUACGUGACGACCAUGCCCAUUCCUACUUCAAGCUCCCUCAUAAGGAUGGUCCAACAGCGCGCUGUGCCAAUCCCAUGGCAAAGGGGUAUCUGUCCUAUUUUGAGAAUGGCAUGCUGUCUUCCGAGUAUACAUAUGCCAAGGAAGCGUUGGAAAUGAACGCUUCAUGCUCUUAUUGGAUAAGUGCAAGAGAUCGGAUUAAAUCUCAGAUGGUUGUUUAUGACGCAGACCUCCGCACAAUGCAGGGAGUUCGUGGGAGGCGGAAGUCGAAUAACCCCGGUUUCAUUCUGCCGCAGAUUAUCCCAAUGGGAACUAUAACUCGCAGAGCAGUCGAAAACACGUGGCUCACAGCUAGUAAUGCCAAGAAGAAUCGCGUCGGCUCUGAGCUCAAAGCAAUGGUCAAGGCACCCAAGGGCUACUGCUUCGUAGGAGCAGAUGUUGACUCGGAGGAGCUUUGGAUUGCCAGUCUUGUGGGCGAUGCAACGUUUAAAAUUCAUGGUGGAAAUGCUGUCGGUUUCAUGACCUUGGAGGGCACAAAGUCUGCUGGCACGGAUCUUCAUUCGCGGACGGCAUCUAUCCUGGGCAUCACCAGGAACGAUGCCAAAGUUUUUAACUAUGGGCGAAUUUAUGGAGCUGGUCUCAAAUUCGCCGCGACUUUAUUGCGACAGUUUAACCCUAACCUCUCCGAGAAGCAGACCAUGGAAACGGCGUCGAAGCUCUAUGCAAACACCAAGGGUACAAAGACCAAUCGUAGGGUGCUUUAUAAACGUCCUUUUUGGAGAGGCGGUACCGAGUCAUUUGUCUUCAACAAACUCGAGGAGUUUGCUGAACAAGAUAUGGCAAGAACACCAGUAUUGGGAGCAGGAAUUACCGAAGCGCUUAUGGGACGAUACAUCAGCAAGGGUGGUUAUUUGACAUCGCGAAUUAAUUGGGCUAUCCAAUCAUCUGGUGUUGACUACCUUCAUUUGCUUAUCGUCGCCAUGGAUUACCUGAUUCGUCGCUUCAACAUCGAUGCCCGGGUCGCUCUCACAGUCCAUGAUGAAAUCCGAUAUUUGGUGAAGGAUAAGGACAAGUACCGUACAGCACUUGCUCUUCAGGUCGCAAACGUUUGGACACGAGCUAUGUUUUCCCAACAGGUUGGCAUCAAUGAUCUGCCUCAGUCUUGCGCUUAUUUUUCUGCCGUGGAUAUCGACCACGUUCUACGGAAGGAAGUGGACAUGGAGUGUAUCACCCCAAGCCAUCAGACUCCUAUCCCUCCGGGGGAGAGCAUCGAUAUCACCACGCUUCUGAACAAGGGCGAAGCUGCGAGAUUAGACCCUGCCAUCGUCCCAGAUGCCAAAUAUGCCCCCAAGUUGGAUCACAUUGAGUACACCCCGCGCGUACCUAUUAUGCAGGGCAUCCAGGAGUCGGCACAAGAGACACUGCCUUUCCUCAAGGCUCAGAUCGUCAAUAAGGAUGCAGAGCUUGGAGAAAUCAUCAACAAAUUGCAGAAAGAAAGGCUAGCAGCAGCACCAAAGAAAGACAAGCCGCUGACCAAGAAAGAAAUGCAAAAUGUGUUGCCAUACAGGGCAUAUCCACAACUUGUACCGAUGGAGGAACCUUUUAUUCUGACGGAGGCGAUGAAGAAAAAUCAGAAUACUUAUGCACACAGGAACAAGUUCGGGUUGGGACGGCACUCGAACAAAGGCUCGAGACCAAGCUGGAUGUAA